AUGGUGAAACUGCGUUGUAAUCUCAGGAACUUAUUUCCAUGCUUUAGCCAUAUGUCACAAGCUGGUAUCUCUCGUUUACCUUAUUUUUCACUGAGAACAGUGACUUCACAAGGGCUUCCUCUACGGCAGUUUCCUACUUCAGGCUACGUAACCUUAGAUCCCGCCGAUAAGAUUGAGGAAGAGACUUUACCACUCUAUAAACCGGAGAACUACUAUCCGGUUUCUAUUGGCGAAGUCUUCGGUUCCAGAUACCAAGUGGUCUCAAAGCUGGGAUAUGGCACUUCCUCUACUAUCUGGCUUUCCCGAGAUCUUCAAGAGGGGGGUUACUAUACCCUGAAGCUAUGUGCAAAGGGACAAAGCUCCGAUCGAGAGAUUACUAUUUCUGCGCAUUUGAAGCAAUCCGUCAAUGAGAUUGGAAAAAGGAUGCUUCGCAUAGUCCUGGACUCCUUUGAUGUUGUUGGACCACAAGGGAGCGUGUUUAUCUGCUUGAUAUACCAGCCUCUUGGAAUGAGUUUCACUGAGUUUCAAAACUUGCUCCCCACAGGGAAGUUCCCCAAGGAACUCAUUCAAAGAAGCAUCCAGCUUGUUUUGAUAGCAUUAUCUUCUAUGCAUGAAAGCAAUGUCGUCCAUACUGGUAUGGCUAUAAAGCUGGGUGAAAAGAGUAAUGGAUGGAAUCAGUAUCUUUCACCGAACAAUAUACUCCAAGGAGUGCAAGAUAUCUCCAUCUUGUCCAAAAUGGAGGAAGAUGAAAUAGAACGACCAAUUGCCAGAAAGG